AUGCAACAGUCGACUACCGAGUGUCAAACAGUGAGACAGAAAUUUCUUGAACUUAUAGACAGGGGACGAAUUCUCGGUCUCUCCGAUGAAGAAAUCUGCAACAGUUUUGAGAACGCGGGAAAGUCGAAAUCGCCAAGUGAACAGCAUCCGGGAGUUAGCAGACGAUACCGCCUCAAAGUAAAACAAAAGCUUUUCAGUAUUAAGACGUUGACUUGUGUCAUCGUUGGUUUUCUUGCCUGUAGAGUGUACAGGGCGACUCAGGGGAAAUCGCUAACGCAAUUGAUCUACGGGAGUAGGUGCAUUUAUCCCGCCAACAUUCUCUUAGCGAUGGUCGGGCCGUUGAAUUCUUGUGACAACUGCAAGGAUCUAACCGAUGUGCCAACUUAUCUCGGUGAAAUAACCGUAAAAGAGUUAUUUGCUAGAUACGCCGUCACGGAUGUCCCGGUGAUCAUGAGGGGCGCCGCGAAAAACUGGAGCGCCCUGACCACUUUUAGGUACGUUGUUAAGAUCAUCGUCCUCGGUGGCGCAAAACCUUAGCUGAUGUAAGUCCUUGUCUAAAUCGUCAAUCUGUCUUAAACUUGUUUGGCCGGUGAGCGGCCUGUCCCUAGGUUUAUGCCUGUAGUUCACUCUUGCUGCUCUACAGUCCAACAUCCUCUCAAGAAGUCCUGCCUAGAUCAGUCUGUCAUUUUUUUUUUAAAGCAAAAGUCCAUCUUUAAAUGUCCGUCCGUUUUUUUUUAGUACAUAAUUUAGCCUCCGAGCUUGGCCCAUUUUACGGGACAGGGUCGUAAGCCUCUGCACAACUGUCUGGGAAAGCCUCUUGCAACUCUCGUGGGAGCUGUCUUUGUUUUGUGUCUGGCCCCUACCCCUCUGCAACCAUCGCUUUUUCAUAUCAGUGCAAAACAAAUAAAACAUGACAUCAAAACACAAUACUAAAAAUAGGCUGACGAAAAAAAGCACAGAUUUUGUAAAUUUGUUCAGCCUUUGUUUUCAUUUUAGGCCCCCUAGUGUGUAAGUACAUAUAUAUCUCUGUAUCCCGUUUUUACAUAGUACAUAUAUUACUUUGUAAAUCUAGCUAUCAGUAUCUCAAACAACUCUACGAAGGAAGGAACAGCCCCCUGCUUAACGAUAUAGCAGACUGUCAGUUUCACAAGUACUCGGAUUUCCAAUCCCUUCCUGACCUAUUAAAUAUGUCCAGUGAGAGGGCCGCUUUCAAGGAUGGCGAAAGCUGGUGGUACACCGGAUGGUAAGCGUAGUGAAUAUAUGAUACAGCUUGACAACAGCUACAACAGGUGCACUUUAAUUUUUAAAAAAUAUACAUACAUACAUUUGAAUGAGUUCUUUAUUUUUAAAAUCCUUUUUAUCAACUUCGCUUUUGUUUAUGGGCUGGCUGGCGAAAUCUUCGGACGGCUUAGUGACCCACUUCCCGUCAACCAAUCGAGCGGAAACUGUUCAAAUAGACACGUUGCCGAUGACACCCGCAUUCUAUCAAAUUUUCAGAACCAUCUCCACCCCCCCCCAACCCGAAAAGCAGUUUUACCUCUUUUUUUCAAGGAAGGAAAUGCGAUGCUUCUGGUUUUACGAAAUAAUAUUCCGGAUAACUACGCCAAAUCAGAAUCUUUUUUUGUAAUAAAUAAUUGGCAAUUGCGUUUGGUUCGUUGUGCUUGCUUUUGUUUUUCUGAAGUAUUUGGCUGCGAACCUUGGAGAAAGGGGGCAGUAAUUGGGAUUUGUAUAAAGUGCAUUACUUGUAUGCUUGUUUUUGGUCAAAUGUCCAGCACCACCCCCUAUUGCUCUAUUGUAUUUUAUAAAAGAUGUAUAUGAAGUACCUUGUUUUAUUUUAAGAGUUUUUUAAAAUUGUCUUUAAAGUAAAUCUUAUUCAACUUUUAAAAGAAGUCGCAAGUGACGUAGGUAGCGUGCAAUGAAAUCCAAAGAUGAACUAUAAAAUGUAUGACCGAUAAUCUGACAAGGCCAGAGGCAUUAUCAGAUGAAACAGUUCACCAUUUUUUUUUUAACUCUCUCGAUGAAACUGUUCACAGUUCUUCCUAAAGCUGACUCAUCCCAUUUUUUUUUAGGACCGUGUGUGACCCUUACGUGGACGCACAGCUGAGGAGACACUUUGAGAUUCCCCGCUGCGUCAAGGCGCUCGACUCCCAGAAGCACAUGCUUUGGGUAUUCAUCGGGUCGGCCGGUCAAGCUUCUCCAACACACGUGAGUAGUUUCAAUCGACAGCUACGAUGUACAAUAUUGUGAAUAGUUUCAACUAAAUGCUAUGAACUACAAUAGUGUGAAUAGUUCCAACCAAAUGUUUUGAACUACAAUAGUGUGAAUAGUUCCAACCAAAUGUUUUGAACUAAAAUAGUGUGAAUAGUUGCAACCAAAUGUAGUGAACUACAAUAGUGUGAAUAGUUUCAACCAAAUGUUUUGAACAUUAUUUUGAGUACUUUAUGAAAGAAUGUUACCGUAGCUGUUAUUGAAAUGACCUAUGUUGACAGCCUUUGAAUCCACUAGUGUGAAAUGACCACAAAAUGAUGGCAUAUCACAGAAAGAGAGUAACAAGUGCAAGACUUGAAGAAUAGUGUGAUAUGCAGAAUCACUCAAUACCAGACCCGUCACGAGACUGUCGGCACCCACCCCCCCUCCCCCCCCCCCCCCCCCCCCCGUGCCCUUUUCAGUUUUUGGCCCCUUUAUUCAAAGUUCAUCGUUUUAUUUUCGUUCGCAGUUUGUUUUCUUUUAAAAUAAAAAAAUCAACGUUAACAUCAUUCUAAUUAAAUUCCGUCUUUAAAUGUGUCAUCAUUCCCAGCUGGACGCUGUCAAGUUACCGUCCUG